GUAAUUCGAUAGCGCUCUCUCUCUUUGGUUGGCAAUCAUCUUCUCUCUCUAGUCUCUAGUCUCUAGUCUCUAGUCUCUCGUCUCAAAUCUCAAGUUGUCAACCAUGGCGAAACGAUCGACGAGUUCUCUAUGGUUCACACCAGUAAGCUCUAUGUUACUCCCCCGAAACGGUGACGCAAUCUGCUACACUCUGGCUCUUCUUUCUCUCCUCUCCCUCCUCCUCCACCACCUCUCUCUCUCCACUCUGGCCUCUCCUCCUCCGCCUCACUUCGAAGGCUUCGGCGAUGAAUUCGAUGACACCCUCGACGAACCACCGAUUCAACUCACCGAUCUCCCUCCUUCUCCCACUUUGACUCAGUCCGAUUCCCAAACUCACCAUGGCCCACCUCCUCCUCCAUCAGAUCCUCAAUCUCAAUCUCAAUCUCAAUCUCAAUCUCAAUCUCUAUCCCCCGGUUCUUCUCCUUCCCAAUUCGAGUACUGGGAUGAAGAUGAAUUUGAAGGUCUUCCCAUCCCCACUACUGAAUACGAAACCACGAAGAAAAGCUCUGAAACCCAAGAAGAGAAAAGCUUUGAAACCCAAGACGAGGUGCCGGGGCCGUCUCCGUCGUUGGUAUCGUUAUACUGGAUUGAGAUCACGUGUUUGAGUUUCUUGAUUGUGUUCGGGAUUAAUUACUUUACUGGGAAGAGAGAGAACGAGAAUUUGGCUUUAGCUUGGGCGGCGAAAUUCGGGACCAAGGAGAGUAUCUUCGAGAAGAAUUUUUCUUUGCUUGGGGUCGGCGAGGGUGAAGAUUCACCGUUGUUGUUGAAAGAAGGGCAGAAUGUGUUUAAGUUCUAUGCCAGUGGUAGGCGUUACUGCCAAGGCCUUUUAGCCACCAUGGAGUUGAAGAGCAGGCAUGAUUUGAUAUCAAGGAUUUACAAUGCUGUUGUGCCGUGCAAGGAUGAGAUUCAUCUCGAGGUUUAUAUGAACGAUGAAGCUAUGGAUCAGGUCGUUUUCGCUGUUGCCAGGAAGAAGCCGGCUAAAGCUAUGCUUAAGGAGUUGCCGGAUCUUCAGAAGUUUUCUUCUUUGAUGUCCCCACCAAGUAAUAAGAAGUGGGUUCCUGAAGACUUGAGUAUUAUCUCUGAGUCUAAGGAGGUUGCUGCUGAUUUAAUCACUGAGGUAGUGCUUGAUCAGGUAUUGGGAGAGAAAUCAUUUGAGAAGUUUGGGAAGUAUUUUAUCUCGAUGCAUUUCUCAGAUCAACUAUCAGGAAUCCAUAAAAAGAAAUUGAUGUUUAAGUUUGCUCUACCAGAUCAUAAAAACAUGGCUGACAUGACUCGGCUUGUGGCUUUGGUGCCAUAUUACAUUGAUUUGAUUGGACGAUACAAAUUGAGUUCACAGGCACGUUCAAAAACUGAUGCAACCAGAGUCAAGGCUGCUCUAGAGGCAUACAAAGAAUUGCAGAAUGCUAGGCAAGAGUCCAUGCAGAGGAAGAAAGUAGAGAGGAGGAAGAUGCUCGAGGAGGCUGAGGCAAAGUUGAGUGCUGAGGCCAUUCGCAAAAAAGAUGCGAAAGAACGCUCUCGUCAGAUGAAAAAAGGAAUGCCAAAAAUGAAGAUGACUCGUGCAUAAAAUUUGAAGUCCCGUUGGGUAAUGUUAUCCUAUAAAUCAUGCCAUCAUUUGUAUGUCACUGAUUGCUGGUGCUUCGUUUCUCGAUAGAAUAACUUUCCUUUGUUAUCUGAUCACUUAUUUACUUGAAGAUGUAUGAGCAACAACUUACAUUACAACAUCUACUGUUCUUUCCGAUGUUGUCAGAUUACCGUCCGUAGUUUUUAGGGUGUAUUUGGAAUGUAGUCACAAAUUAGUAUGUUUUGACUUAAGCAGCUGUUUUAUUAACUUCCAAAGCAGAACUUUCUCAA